GCGGGGCUCGGGGCCCUGGUGACCUUGGACAGCUCCCGCGGCUGCCGCCCUGCGCGCUCCGUCGGUCCGCCGGGGGGCGUCGGAGCUGAGGCUUCACCUGUAGGGGCUUCCAGGGGUGUGCGCGGCCCUUGGGACGUCUGGGGCCGGCGGCUCCCUGUGUCUGUGUGUUCUCUGGGCACACGCUGGAGAGUCCAUCCGAUCCAAAGGGGACGGGAUCCAGGAAAGGUUCGCCGCGGCUUUCCAGGCGUCUGGAGAGCUUGUUUGGAAGGGAAGGCGCGCGGGGAGAGACGUGGCUCGUCCGAGAAGGGGUGUCGCCCAGGUGGAGAAGCGGGCUGAGCCCCCUCCGCUGCCCCGGAAGGAGGAGGAGGCAUAUAUGGAAUACCUGAGGAGCAUCCACUACAUCUCCCAGGUGCUGCUGGAAGAAGUGGAAAGCACUAAAGAAGCUGGGGAAACUCUGCCCCCAGACACCUCGAAGAUGCUGAAACUGGCCGAGCAGUGUCUGGAGAGGGCCCAGUCGACAGCUGCCAAGCUUGGGAAAACACACGUGAAGCCAGCCAUGCCUGUGGCUGCUCCUGUCCCCGCACCCACUACCCGACAUCGCCGGGUGUACUCAGAUGAGGGGGGGAAGCUCUCUCCGUUUCUGCCGCCAGAGAUCUUCCAGAAGCUUCAGGUGGUAGAGUCACAAAGCUCUAAGAAGGAGCUAACACCCUUGGAGGAGGCCUCCCUGCAGAACCAGAAGCUGAAGGCUGCGUAUGAGGCCCGGAUGGCCCGUCUGGACCCCAGCCAGGCCACGCAGAAGACAUCCCUGACCCUGUCCCUGCAGCGGCAGAUGAUGGAGAACCUGGUGAUCGCCAAGGCCCGGGAGGAGACACUGCAGAGGAAGAUGGAGGAGCGCCGGCUGCGACUCCAGGAGGCCGCCAACAGGAGGUUCUGUAGUCAAGUCGCCCUGACCCCGGAGGAGCGGGAGCAGCGGGCCCUCUAUGCCGCCGUCCUCGAGUAUGAGCAGGACCACGACUGGCCGAAGCACUGGAGGGCCAAGCUCAAGAGGAGCCCAGGAGACCUGUCGCUGGUCACCAGCCUGGUUUCCCACCUGCUCAGCGUCCCCGACCACCCCAUCUCUCAGCUCCUGAAGAAGCUCCAGUGCGCGGUGUACCGCGCGCUAUACCCGGUGGUGAGCCGGGCUGCCGUGGGCACCGCCUCGGCCCCGAGCUGCUGCGCCCUGCCCCCGGACGCUGACGGGCUGCUGGCCCCUGGAAGUCGGCGGCUCCGGCCCUCGCAGAGCCUCUACUGCAUGCUCUCCCUGCCUGAGCCUGGCCCGACCCUGCGGCCUCCCAACGACCCCCCUGCCAGUCCUCCUGUACCCCCACUCCACCCCAGCCCCCCUGACAGAGGGACGGAUAGCACCCCUGCAGGGCCGCCCUCACCCCUGGCAGACACCUCAUCCCGCCUGCCACGCAAGGACAGCUCCUUCGAAGACCUAGAACUGUUUUUGGCUACUUCUGAGAGGUGGGGCCAGGGCCCUGGGGGGCGGCCCGAGCCCCAGACCCCAGGGGUGGAGGAGCCAUUGCUGGAGCAGCUGAAGAGCACCGUCAAGGACAUCCACAAUGCCAUCGACAGGCUGCUCUCGCUGAUGCUCCUGGCUUUUGAAGGCCUGAAUACGGCCGCCUCCAAGGACCGCUGCCUGGCCUGUAUCGAGGAGCCCUUCUUCUCCCCGCUUUGGCCCCUGCUGCUGGCCCUCUACAGGAGUGUGCACCGCCCCCGGGAGGCUGCCCUGAGCAGGAGCAUGGAGCUCUACAGGAAUGCACCCCCGGCAGCCGUGGGCAUCCCCACCAAGCUCCUCCCUCGGGGCCCUGAGGCCCUGGAAGCUGGUGCCUACCCCUACUGCGCAGCAGCCCAGGAGCUGGGGCUCCUGGUUCUGGAGAGCUGCCCCCAGAAGAAGCUGGAAUGCAUUGUGAGGGCCCUGCGAGUCAUCUGCGCCUGUGCGGAGGAUUACUACCGGGCCCAGGAGGCUGGACCCCAGCCCAGUGCUGCUGCCAUUGGUGCCGAUGACCUGCUGCCCAUCCUGUCCUUCGUGGCGCUGAGAAGUGGCCUCCCCCAGCUAGUGUCAGAGUGCGCAGCCCUGGAGGAGUUCAUCCACGAGGGGUACCUGAUUGGAGAGGAGGGCUACUGCCUGACGUCACUGCAGAGCGCCCUGAGCUUCGUGGAGCUGCUGCCCCGGGGGGCUCUGGGCAAGUAGUGGAGCAGGACCCUCUAGGAGUCGCUGCCUGGGGGCAGUGGGCCAGCUGUGAUGGGGCUCUGCAGCUCUCAAGCCGCCGGAACCCAACAUCCGCCCCCAGGGGCUCAAGGAGGCCCCUUUGCUCCUGACAGUGUGGGCCUGAGCUGAGUCAGCUCCCAGGAAGCAGGCCUUCUCUCCCCUGACCCAGCCUCCGAGAGGCCCCAUGCAGGGACACCAGAGCUGCGGACUUCCCUAGGCAUGCUCACCCCUGACGGCUCAACCCACUGACGCCCCAACCCACUGAUGCCCCGCAGGCCCGCCGACCCCAGGGCAGAGAGGGACCGCGGGCCUGGCCAAGGACAGGUCUGGUUUCUCUCCAUUCCCGUCUCCUGAGAGGCAGUCACAGCUCCCUGAGCCAGUUUCUCGUCAGUCAAGAAGAGAGCCUGUCAUCGCCCCCACCCCGCCCUGAGGCCUGGGGCCCAAGUGGUUUGAGACUGCUGUUUAUUUAUUGGGUAUUGACCACUCCACUCUCCCUUGGAUGCCCAGGUGUCCUCGGGCACCCCCUGUGUCUGGGGUCUCAGAGCCACACUCCUACCCUAGGCACUAGGCACUGGACAUCCCAAGACCCCUGGCCAGUUCCCACCCCUGCACAUCUCCUUCCAGGUGGGUGUGAACCUGAGAGUCAGCACGUGCCAGCAGCCCGCUACCCAUACUGUUACCUGCCCCAGGAAGCUGCUGACCCAGCCAAAAAUAAAGAGGUCACUGAUGUCUCA